CAGAUUCACUUAUUGCGUCCGUGUUAUUCGCGACACCAUUCCGAACGAUCCUCACUCUCUUGUUCCUCGUCCCACGCGUCUACCCCGUCUGUCCGACCCGAAGCACGCUCAGCAGCCCCUUCUCGCGUAGCGAGAGGGUGGCCUAUCUUGACCAAGAUGUCAGCUGAAGACUACGAGUCGACCGCGAAUUAUUGGUCGCAACCCAGUUUCGCCCUGGGCGCACCAAACGGCUACCCAGACGCGCAAACGCAGCAUGCCAGACAGAGCAGCACUCCGGGUUACGACGGCCAUAUGGAUAUGGAUUCGUUUGCUCUGGCUCAAAGCGCGCUAGAAUCAUCCGUGACCUAUCGACCUCAGAAUGCAUACCCCUACAUGUCCCCAUACGGGUCCUUCUUUCCUCCUGCACCGAUUCCAGCUCAACCACACCAGCAACACCAGCAAUACUACCAGCCGCCGCCGCAGCAACGCCCGCCGCAGCGCCCGCAGUCCACAGCUCCAACGGGCUUUCGGGGCCAUCAUCCGUCGACGAUAUCGGCCCAAGCUCCAAUUCCGGCAACGAGCCACCCUCCUCACACACAACCCACUUUCGCGCGUUCAGCUCCAGCUUUCGCUCCAGGACCGGCCCCUCCAGCUCAGCAGCGUCCGCCGCCUGCCGCCCCCGCCCCCGCCCAACGUCCACCUGCUCCUCCACAGCCCCGAGCCCCUCCAGCAUCGAAUCCAAAUAAUGAUGUCAAGCGCCGUCGCAUUGAACAUGGUGGACAGGCAAAAGGAACCAGUAAACAUGACUUGUCAGGUUAUUCUUAUCAACCGUUUCAUCCCACCAAUGGAACCGUCCUCCGUGACCGCAACGACAUCAUUCGACCUUUUGACAAAAAGGACGCCGCAGAGAAGACGGCAUACGAUCCAAAAACCAUCGCGAGAGACAUUUUAGUGGCAUCUGGCCGACACCCUACAGAACCAGCUCUGAACCACCAUUUGUCCCGAUUGCGCGACAUCUUCAAUUUGGUUGACAACACAGCCGACUUGCAAACCAUUCGCUGGGACAUUGUCGAUACUCCCAACAUGCAAGUUCGUCCUUCGCAGCCUACGAAUCCCGAGACUGCCAUCAAGCCUAUGCCACCUCCCCCGGUCACAACUCAACCUCCCAUCGCCAAUGGACAACCUCCCGCUCAGCAAGCACAUCCGGCCAGUCAUUCUGCCGCUCCGCCUCGUCCACCGCCCACUGCACCGCCACGUGACCAACCACAGCCAAUCGCAGCCACGACUCAUCCUACUCCGCCUUCGCAUCCGCCCGCGGUCUCGGUUCCUGUCCCGCAACCACAGCAGCAACAAAAACAACAGGAGCAGCAGCAACAGGAGCAGCAGCAGAAGAAGCCGAGGCCAAAGCAACCACAAAGUCGUCCACAGACUCCAGCUUCCGUACCUAAACAAUCACCAGUGCCAUUGGUGCAGGUGCAACCUCCGAAACCGUCACCGCGACCACAGAAGCUGCAGGCCAUAUCGCUUCCUCAGCUACCGUCUUCUCCAGCAAAAUCAAACAAGUCCACGCCAUCCCAGUCAGCACGACAGGGUAGACUGUCAAAGAAGUCAAAGCAACCUGAGACGAUGGCGGGGAAGAAGUCUGCGCCCAAGGUUGAAGUGUCGAUUCUCUUGUCUGCGCCGCCAGUGUCAUAUCCAGUAUAUGCGUGCGAAUGGCAGAACUGUCAAUCGGAAUUGCACAACCUUGAGCUUCUUAGACAUCAUCUUCUCAAGUCGCAUAUCCCGUAUACCAUUACGUGUAGCUGGUCGGGAUGCGACUGUAACGAUCCGAUGGCUGCGGCGGAGCUGUUCAACCAUGUGAAAUCCAACCAUCUCGAUCCACUUGCGUGGAAGCUGGGAGACGGACCAUCAGUACCCCAAACUGGUGAGACAAACAUCAUGCUUUAGCUGUGGCAAUGUUUUAACGUGCUCUCAUCACAACGAAAACUCUUAUUAACGUGUACCAAUGGUGAUUCAUUUAGUGGACAAUAAAACCGGCGAGAAUAGCCCAGGAACCCAUGCAACGCCGGAUUCGAAUCAAACAGGAGGCGAAGACUCACUCAUCCUUCCAGCUAGCUAUAGCUCCAUCCGCG